GCAAGCACGAGUCAACUCACUGCCAGGUCGGGUGUUUGACAGAGAGAUUUUUUUUACACAGGAAAGAUUCAACUACAACUUCUGAAGAUGUGGACAGUCUUUGUCAUUGGGAUCCUCUGCGUUACACUGGUGUCAGCCUCGUGUCCGAAGGUCUGUCGGUGUCCCCGUGACGCCCCCAGAUGUGCAGCAGGAGUCAGUCUCCUGCUGGAUGGCUGUGGAUGCUGUGCAGUUUGUGCACGGCAGCUCUUUGAAGACUGCAGCAAGACACAGCCGUGUGACCACACGAAGGGACUGGAGUGCAACUUUGGAGGGAGAUAUGGUUCUGCUAAGGGCAUCUGUCGAGCCAAAUCAGAUGGAAGAACAUGCGAGUACAACAACAAGAUUCACCAGAACGGGGAAAUCUUCCGUCCAAACUGCAAACACCAGUGCACCUGCAUGGACGGUGCUGUUGGAUGCGUCUCUCUUUGCCCACAUCAGCUCAUGCUGCCCAAACUGGGCUGUGCCAAGCCCAAGCGGGUCAAGGUACAGGGGCAGUGCUGUGAACGAGUCGUCUGCCCCGAGGAGGCGAAGACAGAGAGCUCCGUGGUGAAGAAACACAGGAAAAAGCACGGCAAAGACAGACCGUCUGAAGAUGACCUCACCAGCAGGAAUGAGCUGGCUCCUGUGUGGAGAGGAGAAUCAAAUUCUUUACCUGCUUUCAGGAUUCAUCCAAUGGGCGAAAUGUUGGUCAGAGGAGUCAAGUGUGUGUCUCAAACCACAGCUUGGUCCCACUGCUCCAAAUCCUGUGGCACUGGAGUGUCCACCAGGGUGACCAACAGCAACACCCAAUGCAAACUGGUGAAAGAGACUCGGAUCUGUGAAGUCCGCCCAUGCAACCAAAUAAAGAAAGGUCAGAAAUGUGACCACACAGAAAAGGCCAGCCGUCCAGUUAAACUGUCCCACGCAGGCUGCCGUAGCUUGAAAAAGUUCCAGCCGAGGUACUGCGGGUCCUGCUCAGACGGCCGAUGCUGCAGGCCUCACCGAACCCAGACGUCACCCGUCCACUUUCGAUGCAAACACGGAGAGAUCAUCAGCAGGAUGGUGAUGAUGAUCGAGUCAUGCAAAUGUAACCUAAACUGCUCCGGCAGCAACAAAAAGACACCUGCUGCUCGCUACAGACUUUAUAAUGAUAUCCACAAACUGAAAAUGUAAAGUUCUGAACAGGAGACCCCUUAAAGGAACAGUGUGUAGCAUUUAGGGGGAUCUAGUGGCAGAAAUGUGAUGUGAUAUAUUAAUAAGUAUGUUUUUUUUAGUGUAUAAUCACCUGAAAAUAUGAAUCGUUGGGUUUUUGUUAUCUCAGAAUGAGCUGUUUAUAUCUCCAUACGGAGCGGACCCGUUUCUACAAUAGCCCAGAAAGGACAAACCAAAAACUGUGGCACAAUAGGGCCAUUUGUUUUCAUGUUUUUGCAUCAGCCACAGUAGUUCUUCUACACGCUUGGCACACAGGAGAAGUUUAAGUUGGUUGCAAUCUGCAACCUCACCACUAGAUGUCACCAGAUCCUACACACUGCUCCUUUACGUGUCAACUCAUAGAAAAAUGUGCACUUUGUGGUUGCAGACAUCUGCAGGAUGAAUUUCUUGAACGAUACUGUUCAUGAUUUUGCUUCGUAACAUUGGAGCCUUGUGGUUUGCUUCUUUUUGAAGCAUUUUUUUUACAUUGUGAAAAUUAUUUUUCUAGUUAAAUAAAAACAUGUUCUACACUUUUAUUUCAUAGUUAACAUAUUUAAGCCUCCCUGGACAAAGACAUGUCACAUGACAAUGACGUAAAAACUGGCAGCUACUUAAUAAGUCAUUACACAUAUGUCGCCAUGUUUCUGUUGAUUUACUGUACUUAUUCAUUUUAUUUAUAAGGAUUAAUACUUCAUACUAAAUGUAUGUUAUAUCUUAUCAUAGGAUAUUGUACAAUAAUAUUCGUUUGACAUCCUCUACGCUCACCUGCCUGUUUAAAAUGGUUUAAUAAGACUGAAGGCUAAAUUUGGCCAAUUAACUGCAGAGUUGUCAAUUUUAUGUUUUCAUUUUUCACAAAUAAACACAUAAAACAGUU